CUUCUUGCAUUGCGAGUAAAAAAAUUUCUACUUCAAAAGAUUUUCUACCAAUUUUUAAAAAAUAAAAUAAAAUCUAUAAAAUAAAUGUGAACAUAAAAAUGCAUAAAUAUGAACAAAUAUUGAUUAAAAACAUUUGAUUUGUCAUACAAAAUAUACCAUCAUUGAAAAACUAUGAAAAGUUCUGUAUAAACAAAAAAAAAAUCGGUGAGCUGAACUUUUUUUUCUUCAUUUGCGAAAUCCACUGAUUAAACGCUCAAAAAGUAUCCUUAGCCAAUGAGGAUAAAUUUUUAUCAAGAAAAACAUACAAAAGUAUAAUAAAAAAAAGGAAAAGGAAAAAAGGAGGCCGCUGCUGGUUGCACUAGUUGCUAGUACAAUUGAAGAAUUUAGAUCAAGAAAAACCAAAUUGAUUUUGAUAAAAAAAUUCCAUCGGAUCACAAAAAAAAAAAUUGAUAAAGGAAUAUUGUAAAUUGAUAAAACUACUUGCGUAAGGACCUUAUUGGUUUAGCUUCUUUUUGUUUUUUACUUAAAUGAAAAACCUUUUGGAAUAGUUUGAGCUGCAUGUGAAAUUGAAAUUGUCUUAAAUACCUAACUACUCUACUAACAAAAAAUAAUCGAUUUUCGUCUUAAGAUGCAUAACCAAACUCGGCCACCGAGUUUUGUUAAAUUGCCCUAGGCACACAAUUUACAGCUUAAAUAAUGUUCACGCCCAUUAGAAAUCUCCUCACAUACAUACAAAAAAAUGCCAGCGGCUCAACAUUUUUUGGAGGAACUUCAUCGAACACAGAACUGAGUGAAACCACCGCAACCAGCACCACUAUGGACAGUGAAAUAAUUGAAACAAAUGUCAACCUAGUACCAACAAUGAUAACAGAAUUAGAACCAACAACUUCAUUGAAUGACCAAAAUAUCAAUGAAAAUAAUAACGAUACAAAUGAGGAUAAACUUUUAAAAGAAAGUAAAACAUUUUUGAGUACAGAUCCUAAUCCUACAGAUCCUCUGAAAGAAAAAAAUGAUUUUAAUGAAGAGGAUUAUUUGGAAGAAGGUGAUGCUGAGGAAGAGGAAAAAGAUAUAUUUCUAGAUUUUCCACCUGAAACAGAAAAUGAUAUUGAUUUUCCUGUUAGUGAGGUAAUAGUUCUGAACGAUCCAGAUUUAAAUGUCUCAAUGAAUUCAGAACCUACAGCUGAUCCUCUAGCGUUGGAUGAUUAUAAUGUUCAUUUGGGUAUUAAUUCGCCGAAUCCGUUGGACUCAUCAACUGAGGGUGAUGUCCUUUUUGUUGUUGAUAUUGAAGAAGUUGUUGGCCAGGCACCACGACUAAUAGAUGAAGCCGAAGAUUCUAGGCAAUUGACAGGAGUCAAAGCCACAGAUGAACAAGAGUUGCGUAGUGACGGUUCCGAUUCUGGACUGGGUUCGGAGACGUCAACUUUGCAAACUACUGUGACUGAUACCAGUGUUGGCUCAAUAAUGUGUGCAUCACCAGCUGCAGAGAAAAUUCCUCUCAGAUCAAAUUUAAAAAGACACAUUCAAGAUGUCGUCGAUGGCGGCGGCCAACAAUUGCAAAAGAAACCAAGAAGAUCAAUUAACUUUGAUGGAGUCAAAGUCUUCUAUUUCCCCCGCAUCCAGGGUCAUGGGUGUGUUCCGUCGCAGGGUGGAUGUACCCUUGGUAUGGGUGCGCAUCACAUUAGUUUUAAAACAUUUAGUUUGGCCGAGCAUGCAGCAGAGCUAAGACGUGCUCAUAAAUUGCAAUUGCAAGAGAUCAAUCCGCGCGGUUCGUCGAGUGAAGAAUCGGACAGCGAUGAAGAGCUCAGCGAAGGAAGUGGAUCAGAUUUAGAUGCCGAGACAAAUGGUUUCUUGCAACCGGUUUCUCCAAAACAACGAAGGGCAUUAUUGAAAGCAGCUGGGAUAAGAAAAAUUGAUGCAAAUGAAAAAAUCGAAUGUCGAGACAUUAGGAAUUCGAGAGAAGUUUGCGGUUGUGUUUGUCGGGACUUUUGUGAUCCAGAUACUUGUGCAUGCAGUCAAGCGGGAAUCAAAUGUCAGGUUGACCGCGCAAUGUUUCCAUGCGGCUGUUCGCGUGAUGCUUGUGGCAAUGUCAUUGGUCGUAUUGAAUUCAAUCCAGCUCGAGUUCGGACACAUUUCAUACAUACAAUUAUGCGUUUAGACAUGGAAAAUCGACAACAAAAACGCACUGACGAACUAACCUCUCAACUUGCAGCCCCAUCAUCACAUUUAGUUUACAAUAAUGUCUCUGCCUUGGCGAGCAGCAGCACAACAGCUAUAAGCACCUACAACCCAAUGCCCAGUUAUAAUAGUCUGGACCAAAGUUCCAAUGAAGCAGCCUAUCAUCAUCACAUGCAUCAGCAGUACAAUGUGUAUAACAACCAUAUGCCACAAACACAUCCUGCCAAUGGUCUAUGUGUCCAAUUGUCCCCAUCGAUGGUGGUAAUUGGACAAACAACAGCCGCAUUGCCUCCAACGCACAAUCCCUAUGCCAAUUCGACCAACAGCACUACAGAAACGGAUAGCAUAGCUUUGAACGGUGCAAACCUGCACUAUCAGGAUGGACCAAUAUAUCCACCAGUUAUACCACCUGUUGUAACUUAUGGCGAUAUUUUAACGCCCUAUGCUAAUACAGCGCCAUAUGAGAAUACGAGUAGCAAUUAUUCAACAUCAAAUGUUUACAAUAGCUAUCACAAUCCUCACCACCACAACAAUCAUGUUCAGCCACAACAACCGUUCUUGGGAUAUGCCACUGCUUGUAAUGGAGAAAUGCCUGAUUUUAGCGAAGCUCAUAACAGUUUCAUAAGCCUGAAUACGCCCGAUGCUAGUUCGGCCCGAUUGUCUGCAAUAAAUGAUUUGUUGCACAACACUCGAAACACCACAGCUGCAUUGGUUGCUGUUUCGCCUCUCGAAACUAAUUUGAACCCAUGUGAGGAUGAUCAAUUGUCAAACAUACCAGUUUCGAAGGAGAAAUUAAUUGAAGAAUGUGUGCAGAGUCUUGAGCAUUCGGAAUUGAGUAGAAGACCAGAGACACCUCCAGAUGAAGAACUUCCACCGGAAAUUAAUGAAACAAACAUUGAAAUCAUCCCAGAACUGCAGCUGCCUAAAACUCAAGAAAAUCAGGCAGUAAUGACAGAAAGUCUCUCUGAAAUUGUUGAGAAUGAAAAACAAACAGAAGAUCUUGUAGUUGAUCUAAAAGAGAGUGAGCCACCCCCAAAGAAAGUAUUGCAAGAAGAUGUGCCCACUUGCAACAUUGAUAAGUCCGAUAGCGAUUUACCUGUAAAUGGCUCUAAUGAACUUCAGAUCGAACCUCCAACUAAACCCGAGGAUAAUGGUAUUAACAACACAACAAAUCCCCCAACAGUCCAAACAGUUUCAGCUUAGGCACCCCACCACUUAUGCUUUUUUUGCUCAAUCCCAUGCAAGACUUUGUUUCUCCUUUACAGCGCCCACAAGGAGCGCUUAUAUAUUUCUGUGAUUAAAACUAAUUUUUUUUUUGGACGCGCUUAUAAUUUUUGAAAAAAAAAAUAUAUAUUUUCGUGUUUUUAUUUGCUUUGUGUCCAAAUUCCUAAGCUAAAUGCGAAACAAAACACAAACUGACAAAGACGGUCUUUGUUCGGUGUAGAUUGUUGUUAAUGUCAUUAAAACAACUUUCCAUUCAAACAUUUCAAAUAAUAUUCUAGUUUUAAAUACAACAUAAUAUUGUAAAUCAUCUGUAAAAGUUUAUCCAAUCAAGUCGGAAUUACAUUUCCGUGGUAAGUUCAAUUGUUUUUGUUUUGUUUUUUUCUCCUCCUU